AUGUAUCAGGCCAGUCGCAAUGAUGAGAUAACUAUCGCCCAGGAGCAUCGCUCAGACUCGGAUCUCGAUGUCCUCGCCCACGAGAAAACAAACACCACGCAACCCGAUCAAGCCGUCGCCGACAUUCAACCCUCCGAAAAGACCCAAAUAGUUCAAGUCAUCGGCCUCGAAGCUCUUCUUCCAACCUUCUCCCCAGUUGGGGCACUGAAAGCGAACGGCAUUAUCGAUGAUCAACUCGCCUCGGACAUCUCGAACCUACAAGGCUUCCAGUCGCCAUUCGCGUGGAGCAGACGAAAGAAAGCAACCGUACUAUCUGGAGCUUUUCUAGCAUCUUGCCUUGCAGCAUACGCAGCCGGCGCCUACGCUCUCGCCUCUCAGCCGCUACGAAGCAAGUGGGAUAUCUCGGACACCGAGUUCAAUGCGGGCAUCACAAUGUUCGUUUUGGGCUUUGGGUUCGCUCCUAUGAUUCUUGCACCCAUAAGCGAAGCACGCGGUCGAUAUUGGGUCUUUUGCGGAUCCGGAUUGGUCUUCUUUCUCGGACUGGUUGGUUGCGCUGUGACGGACUCCUAUGCCGGCAUGUUGAUAUCCCGAUUUGUGGUUGGUAGCGGAGCAUCAGUCUACGCGACACUCACAGGUGGUGUCGUCAGCGAUCUCUACCACAAAGAAGACCGGAAUACACCGAUGUCUCUCUACUCUCUGAGCAUCAUGAUUGGCACUGGUCUGGGACCAUUAAUCAGUGGCGUCGUUGUUGAUAAUCUUGGCUGGAGAUGGAUCUUCUAUCUUCAGGCUAUCGCUGUAGGGUCUACAACUCUGGUAAUAUUCCUGUUUUUCAAGGAGACUCGAAGCAAUAUUGUCUUGAGAAGAAAAUGUGUGAAGAUUAAUAAACUUAUUUCAGAGAGCGGUUCAAGUCCUAACCUGCUAGAGUUCCGACCUGCCUCUGAGGAACGCAAAUUCGACAUCAACAUUAUAUGGCGGAGCUUUGCCUUCCCUUUGAAACUACUGGUAACGGAGUCCGUGGUAUUCUGGUUUUCAGCUUGGGUUUCGUUUGCUUGGGCUAUUCUAUACAUGCAGUUUAGCAGUAUUGGGAUAGUUUUCAGAGACGUGUACGACUUUAGCAACACACAGGUCGGUGCUGUAUACACGGCUGUCAUUGUUGGUUCAAUUGUCUCUUGCUUUUUAUCUAUUGCUCAAGAAUCAGCCAUGUACAGGUUUUACCCUCAACGCAUGGCUUCCCCGGAGGGUCGACUGCUUGCACCCGGUAUCCAAUCCAUUAUGUUGCCUGCUGGACUUUUCUGGUUCGGGUGGAGUUCUGGGUCAAAGUCGCAUUGGAUAUUGCCUACAAUGGCAAUUGGGUCGUGUACGAUGGGGAUUUUCAGUAUUUAUCUGGCAGUUUUCAACUAUCUUGCCGAUUCGUAUCAUCGGUACGCAUCGUCGGCGUUAGCAGCUCAGAGCAUGUGCCGGAAUAUAUUAGCUGGUAUAUUUCCUCUAUUCACGAUGCUCAUGCUGAGAGAUCUGGGAUAUGGCCGAGCAGGUAGCUCGCUUGGGGGAAUAGGGUUGCUUCUGACAGUGAUACCGUGGCUACUAUCGUUCUAUGGGCACACGAUCAGAGCACGGAGUCCGUUCGCGGGAGCACUGUUAACAUCUUAA